CCUCUUUCUCCUCCUCCUCCUCCCCUCCUCCCUCCCUGCACUCCGCAGAGAGCAGCAGGUCUAAAUCCUGUCUGUGCACGGCCACUUGCAGAUAUCAAAGGCCUCAAACGCUGCAUCUGAGUCCUUUUAUUUCAUUGCAUUCUCCCUGAAUAUACAUAUAAAUACAGCAGCAAUGAUCUUUCGGACGGCAGUAGAGCACGCUAAGAGGCACCCUGGGCUCAUCCCCCAGUUCUUCUUCAUCUGCUUGGGGAUCGGUGGGGCAUCUCUGUAUCUGUUUCGAUUGGCUAAAGGACCCCAUGUCACCUGGAACAAGACCAACAACCCUGAGCCAUGGAAUAAACUUGAUCCCACGUACCAGUACAAGCUGGUGGCCAUCAGCACCGACUACAAAAACCUAAAGAAAGACGGACCAGAGUUCUGAAUCCCCCGCUGGCUUGAAAUAUAAUAAGAAAAUCCUGAUCUGGGGUUGAAUCCACUGCCCCUCCCCCUUUCUAUGAACUGUGUAUGUGGAAGGUGAAAUGCAUCGAAGGUCAACGUCCGUAAACCUUUCGUGUCUGUGAAACAUCUGGUGAUCCGGUAAAUGGAGCCAUCGUGGUCAAUGAAUGAACUCAUAAAGCACAUAUGGAUAUUGAAAAAGUUUAACAUGCACUCUUUCCAAGUCACACACAUGCAGGAGAGACGUGACCCACCUAUGCACGUACUUUGCAAUGCCCCACCCAAGAGGUAUUGCAUUUUUAGCUAUUAUUUUAUCACGGAUAACUGUUUUCACUCAGCAUGAUGCUGUGGUUUUAGAAAUGUCUGUGUAUCAUUUUUAAUGUCCCAGCCUCUGUUGGUUCCUGUACACCUCUGGGCUGGAUUCUUCCAAUAAAGAGUCUGUAUGUUUCAUGUUUGAACGAGA